CACUGUUGCACACAACCGGGAGGUGACAAUCGCGCUCCGCGAAAACCUUUGGGGAGCCUAUUGCAGAUGGUUCCAAGGCUCCCUGAGCCCGAUGGACACGGCGCAGCUGCUGCAUCACCAGCAGGCAGUUGGAAGUGAGGUCCAGCAUGCAACGGUCGACGGACAUUGCAUCGUCGGGAAUGGAACCAGUAUCUUACCUAACACUGCACCUCUACCGGCAUUUACAUCAUGCGACAGACUCGGAUCACAUUCCACGAGCACCGGGACCCUUGUGACGAACGAUCGCUUCGAUGUGUCAAACCGUCAAGCCCCACUUGACAAUGUUGCCAACACUACCAAGGCGCCAGCAAGGUCAGUAGCAUCUACUGACGGUGCACGCCUCAAGAAGACCACUGCGGACGAGCAAUCUGCAUUCGCAGCAUGGGCCCGGUGUACCGCUGAGAUCCUUGCCAAAGCUGAGAUCCAACGGAGCUAUGGCCAUGCUCCUGCAGCGUCUCACGAUACGAGUGAUGAGCCGCCUACAAAAAGAAGGAAGCUCAGCCAUGCGAGCUUGCAGUCCGCUCAUGAGACCCUCUUGGUCACUUCCAUGGCUACCCGCAUCGCCGAGAUCGAGUCCGACCUUGUUCAUCAACGUAGACCAGGGUUUUACAUCAACCCACCUGGUGCGCGAGAGCUGAAGGCACAGUUCAAGGUGACGCGUGGGAGGCCGCGUAACGCGCUCAUUGCUGUGGCGAAAAGUGAUCGCUUGAGCACUUUACCUUGGUUCACCCUGUCAUUAAAUGUGGCUUCCGCCAAGCGGCGCCGUAAGAAUUCCUUUGUGGACAUGGCUCCGCUCGCGGAACGAACGAAGGUGCUCGAGUCCAUUGAUACGAUGGAUACUUCAGGCACGCCGCCAGAGCCAGCAAUUGGGAGCGGAGCUGUCGUGCCCACCUUUUUCACGAGGUUCAGUUCACCACCAAUCCCGCAUGACGCAGAACUCGAAGAAGUUGCGUCUCGUACUAGGGCCACGGCACAGACAUUCUCGAAGCGCUUUGUCGACGCCCACCCUGAAAAGCAUUACCAUAUUGUCGGCAACGGGCGCUGGAAGUGCGGUCCGGCGCCUGAAGAAGCUGCAGAUAUCGAUGACAGGUUGAUGCCGGUUACGCCCACUAGCCAUACAAGCACUCCGCCGCAAGGAGAUACUUUCUCUACUGCAUAUGUGAAGGAGCAUCCAGGGGAAGACUUCUACCAUGUCGGUCAUGGACGAUGGAGAAGAGGUCCAAAACCAAUCAAGGCUACCACUGACCCUGCGAUACUGCAGGGGCUGAUAACAGCUGAUGUGAGCACACAAGCCCAUCCUAUACCGGAGCGAACGUUAGACCAGCCAUCCACAGUCUCUGGUUGCCAUGUCACCACCGGUGCCGAUUUGGUGAUUCAGAGCACGCCCGUGCAUCCACCGGCAGCCGUGCCGGAUCAGUCUUCCGUACCGCGCAAGCUCAAGAAGCGUACAGCGAUGACUCUUGAUAUCAUCAAACAUUGUGGCGGAGUUGUUGCAUGCAAUAGCGAACUCUUGAGCUUGCUCAUGGUGCUCUGGCAGGGCCCAUAUAACGACGGCUCGGCAAAGAAAUCCACGGUUGACAGCGUUGUCAAGGGUCUGGUCGAUGCUGGCAAGCUACGAAAGCUUACGUUCAGCUUUCAGAGUCGCAAAGGAACCAACCAUACAGCGAGCAUCUUGACCUUGCCCGAGAUUGAUCCUACCUCAGCUCGGGUGGCGGAGGUGAAGCAAAGCGCCAUCAAUAGCUUCCCUAAGUAUCGCGUCCCCGAAGAAGCUAGUACAUUCCCCGGGUGGCCCGGUACGCAGUCAACCGCCACCAUGGAUGGUGGCGAUGAGUUACCACCCGCACCCAACGCUUUCGCUGUUCCGCGUCCGCCUGGCACAGAUAAUGCACUGGCGCAGCUUGCCAAUCAACCACGCGCUUCCGGCCCGACUCUGGAAAGUCCUGCAGCUAGAGACAUCCACGAUGCAUGGUUGAUGUACUCGCCGACUCAGGAGUUCAAUGCAGCGACGGGCACCUUCGGUACGGUGAGCAUUAACCCGUCAGCGACACCAAUCGCGCCUGGCAAGCAGUCCUCGACAGACUCUACCAGCGCCGGAGUACAAGCGACAGUCAGCAAAGCCUACGUUGAAGCCCAUCCACAUCAGAAGUUUUACCACGUAGGCCACGGGCGGUACAAGCAUGGCUUGAAGCCGAGUGCUGGUCGACCUAAAGCAGCACCUUCAAUUGUUCUAUCCAAGGAGUCUGUGAGUGCUUCCCUUCCGAGCACAGAUGCUGCGGUUUUGAAGGCGCAGACAGCGCCGCAGACGAAGCACGUAGAUGAGUCCCCCUCCCUAGCUGCGGCAAGCAAUUCCGACAUUGUCGGCGUACCGAGUGCGCCGGCGUGCCUAUCGCAGAGUCAGCGACCCGUCAGGCAUAAGUCGCGUAAGCAGGUAGCCACCGCGGUACAGAACCUAAUCAGCCAUGGUCAGUCCGGAAAUGACGAAGACCUUGACUCAGAUUGGCAGGAGGCAGCCGAGCCAGAGCCAGAGCUCGAGCUGGAGCUGGUGCUGGAGCCGAGGGAGCGGGUGCCGAACGAGCCACAGUCAGCAGCGUCGUUCAAGAAACGACGAAACCUUGUGACGGCAAUCAAACAUGAGGACGAGCUCAUCAUUGCCUUAGCACUGGUACGGACCCUGUGUUCUGGCCUGGAGCAGAGAUACCAAGUCUGGGAACCAGUCGCGCAUGCGCUCAGCUACCGCUAUGAUUUGGACGCACUGAAGAAUCGCUGGGCUUGGAUAAAAAAGUCGCGAGGCGCAGACAUGCUAGCUCUGCAAGCAGCCCUUCGCGACCCAUUCCUCGCCGCCUACGAGAAAGGCGAGGUUCCGCAUAUGGACUUUCAAAAUCUCUCCUCGACAGACUGGCCGGCAUUGGUUGAGUGGGCGAAGAUAUCGGUGCUGCCUAGUGUGAUGGCGAAGCAAUCAACAUCGUUUUCGACGACCUCACCACAAUCCAUGGAUCUGCCGGCAUCAAGGGUAAACCUGGACCGGGCGUUCAGCAUUGAGUCACAAUGGUACAGCGGACUUGACUCAAACGCGUUCUUUGACUGCAUCACUGAUAAGAGCCGCAAGGAUGUUGCGCUUAAGUUCGCCCACGGUGAGACGCUUGCGCAUCCAGAGGAAAGCCGAAGUGCGUUGGCGGCUGACAAGACGCUGCUCAAAUCAUGGUGUCGUGCCAUCGCCAUGACACCAGAGUCAAGCUACAACGUAAAUGCUGCAGCACAAAGAAUCAAUCUCUUUCCAGCCAGUGCCGUCCGCGAUGCCCUCACCGAGCUUGUUCAGGAAGACAUUCUCAGAAAGGAGAAGGAAGGUCGGCAGUUACCCGGGCGCAAUUACCUCCUUAGCCAGAAAGCUAUCAGACAGUUCAAGCGCUGGCCCGCCGACGAGACAACCUACCUCCGCGAAAUUGCUGCGGCCCGUCACAGGAUCCUGUUGCAACUUGUCCAGCAUGGCACCCUACAACUGGACUAUCACACCAAAGAUCCUGACGUCGUUGUACUGACAAACAUGGUUGCUCAAGGCUUGGUAAAUGUGAACUCACGCUUACCACCAAUAACCGACGACUACAAUGCCCCUUUCCCGAGACUAAGCGUUUGGGGCGUUGAUGAGAUACAGUAUCUCUACAACACACACAACCUCAAGGCUGACCGCCUGAGGUUCCCAGUGGAGUACCAUACGACCACGCUAUUUACGGCCAACCAUGGCCUCAAAAGCGAACCAGUACCGAUACAUCCUCCAACAGUGGAAGGUGAACCUGGCUUGCGCCUUCCGCUGUGGGUGGAUAUCCACGGCGUGUUGAUAGACGACGUUUGGGACAUGGUUGUGCGCUCCGUCCUGCAUUGUCUAGUGUACCGUCCCGGUAGCACCGCCCAGGCCAUUCAGAAUGCUCACGAAGGCAAGCUGUGGGUUUGGGAGAUCGACCUUGUCGUGCAGUGGAUGCGGACUGUGGGACUGGCCAUCGAUUUUGGUCCGGGCACUGAGGAGAACGGAGUAUGGAGGGGCGGCUGGAGGGCGACUGAGUGGUGGUAUUGUGCUUUUGUGCCAGAGAUUGCGGUGUGGCGUGCGCCAAGGACAGUGCGGAUCGUCUAGUGCACACUGGUUGAAGAAGGCUCUGACUCGAAUGGCGUUGGGCGGGGGCGCUGGGUGGAAAUUUACGGCGAACCUGAGAUACCCUGAGCCUGGAGGCUGCGUUGUCUUUUGCAAGUACACAAUCCAAGAGUGCUAGACGGCUACAUCCGCUCAACUGAGCAGCUCUCUGAUGUCUUCUAUCCGCUGCGCUUUUUUCUCCUCAUCGCUCAUCAUGCCGAGCGAGCUGGCG